UACGGUACACACUACCUAUGAAUACGCAGGCGCAUCAUUACCGGUUUGGUGUGAAAGGAAAAUGGCGGGGACGACGUCUGUUGCUGGUGAAGUGUUUGUGGAUGCUUUGCCGUACUUUGACCAGGGCUAUGAUGCUGCUGGUGUCCGAGAAGCGGCUGCUGCUUUGGUGGAGGAGGAAACUCGUAGGUACCGACCUACAAAGAACUACCUAAGUUAUCUACCCACACCCGACUUUGCUGCGUUUGAGACUGAGAUCAUGCGGAAUGAGUUUGAGAGGCUGGCUGCCAGACAGCCCCUGGAGCUGCUCAGCAUGAAGAGAUACGAGCUGCCCGCCCCUUCGUCUGGGCAGAAGAAUGACAUCACCGCAUGGCAGGAGUGCGUGAAUAACUCCAUGGCCCAGCUGGAACACCAGGCUGUGCGUAUUGAGAACCUGGAGCUCAUGGCCCAGUACGGCACUAAUGCCUGGAAGGUGUACAACGACAACCUGGCAUUCAUGAUUGAACUGGCACAAAAGGAACUCCAGAGAUUCAGAAAGCAGAUCCAGGAUCUUAACUGGCAGCGCAAGAAUGACCAGCUAGCAGGAGGAGCUAAGUUGAGAGAACUGGAGUCCAAUUGGGUGUCGCUGGUAAGCAAGAACUACGAGAUCGAGCGUGCCAUUGUCCAGCUGGAGAAUGAGGUGGGACAGCUCAGACAACAGCAGGGAGAUGAGAACAAGGAAAACAUUCGGCAGGACUUCUAGGAAAGGAAGUGGAUCUUUGAACCUGGAACUAAGGAUUUGGUUAAGAAAUGGAUCCAGAGGCAGAACAUUAGUCUUCGGGGAAGAAUGUUGGUGUCGGUUACGAAAUCCACAUGGACAGAAACAUUUGCCAGCAAACCGGGGUUUUAAGCCCUGCUGACAGACUGGAGUGGGGCCUGAACUUUUGAUAGCACAUGCAAUUUGUUUCUGUUGAGACCCUGAUCGCUCAUUUUGGAGCAUGUGAAACCUUUGUCUUUUGCUUUUUGUAAAACCACUGCUAGAUCAAAUGUUUGUACCAGCAUGCCUGGUAUCUGCCCAGUUUUGUUUUUUGUUUUUUUACUAAAAUGCAUUUCAUUUUUGUUUAAUACGAAUAAAAUCCCCCAUUUUACAAAUGUGCAAAAAAUGUGUGAAAGUCAUACUCUACAAUGGGACUUACUACAAUGUUGGAGAGUUCUAUAUUGAAGAUCUAUGGCUUUUCUCAAGAGGAGGAGGGUAAACUUUCUAAUAAAACUGAGAACAGGAAUGGAACAAAAACCCCAAUAUUGUGCUGACCUGAUGCCCCUUACAGUGCAUAUACUGUGCUUCCAUAUAUAAUUUGAUAACAUUUUUCAUUUGUAACCCUGCAUACAUGCAUUUUAUAGUUUUCAGAACUGGUAAUCUGGUUUGUCAACUGCAGCCUGAGGAUAUGGGAGACCAGUGGACCAGGAUAAUGCAUUGGUGUUAGAAUUGGAAUACAGUUAUCACAGCUUGUUUAUUUUUUUCCAUUCAUUGAAUACAAAUGUAUAAUGUAUGCAUUGAA